GGCCUCCCAAGAGGUCACCCUGAGCACGACGACAACAAAGAUAUACCUGGGUAUAUCUUUAAUCUCUCUCUCCCUCCAUCGCCACCGCCCUCCCCUCCCCCGUCCAAAUACCCUCUCACGACGGAGAAUUUGGAUAUAGUAACAGAGCAAGCCUACGCACUUUUCAUCGGGUUCGAAGUAAGACCCAGACCCAAGAUGUCGCACCUGGAGGACCCAACCGGCGAGUACGCCUUCCUGGCCAAGCUCAUUCAGCGCAUGGAUCGUCACCUCAUUUUCCCCUUACUUGAACACAAGCUCGGGUCGGAAGACAUCUCACAAGAGCGUUACGAUGACCUCAAACAGGCGAUCUUCAACCUCCUCAGUGACACCAACAUGAUCGACUACGUGGGCAAUCUCUACAAGGAAAUUCAAAAGACAGAUACAACCCCUGCAGAGUACGCGAAGAAGAGAGAGGAAGUGUUGAACCAGCUGGCAAAAUACCAAGAGGAAUCCGCACAUCUGACCAACCUGCUGAAUGAUGAAUCAGUCACCUCGCAACUCCGCAGCGACAAGGUGGCCAACCUGAAGUUCCUCGAAGAACAACACGGAGUCACGCAGCAGAUGGUGGAUAACCUCUACGAUUUCGGCAGAUUUCGCUACCAGUGUGGUCUCUACCCUGAAGCCGCUGACUUGCUCUACCGCUUCCGUGUCCUGUCUACUGACAAUGACAAAGUUGUCAAGGCCACCUGGGGCAAGCUUGUCUGUGAAAUUCUGGGUGAGGAAUGGGAGAACGCGCUUGAAGAAGUGGAAAAAGUCAAGGAACACAUCGAGACUCGGUUGUUUAACAGCCCCCGAGCACAACUCACCGCCCGUGAAGCCUUGGUUCACUACGCCCUCUUCCCGUUCUUCAACUAUGAGCCUGCCCGUGAAAAGUUGACGGAAAUGUACUUCUCUCCGCCAUACAUCUCUUCCAUCCAAACUGCUUGUCCCUGGAUCCUGCGUUACCUUGCGGCAGCGGUCAUCACCAACCGUGCCCGCAUGAACAACUCGCACAACUACCAGAAACAACUCAAGGAUCUUGUCAGAGUCGUCAAACAGGAAGUCUACGAAUAUCAAGACCCCGUGACGGAAUUUGUCAAGGCCCUCUACGUCGACUUCGAUUUCGAAGGUGCACAGAAGAAGUUGUCUGAAGCUGAGACAAUUUUGAGGGGGGAUUUCUUCUUGGGAAGUUCGACUGAUGCAUUUAUGGAGAGUGCGAGACAUCUCAUCUCAGAAAGUUAUUGCAAGAUCCAUCAGCGAAUUGACAUCAAGGACCUCUCCACCCGCCUGGGACUUUCUCCUAGUGAAGGUGAGAAAUGGAUUGUCAACCUCAUCCGCGACACCAAAGUGGACGCCAAAAUCGAUUACCAGGCUGGAACGGUAGUCAUGAACCAUCCUCCCCAGAGUGUGUACCAACAGGUCAUUGAGAAGACGAAGGGUGCAUUCUUCCGCACGCAGGUGUUGAGCGCCGCUGUGGCGAAAUGAAACGAUAGUGACUGAAGGAAUCCAUGCAUGCAAGAGUAUCGGUGUGGAUGGUCGGACCGAAUCAAACGACAACAAGACUAAGCUAACCGACAACAACGUCUACCGAGUAGUCUGUUCACAAUAUGCAGUUGAACAGCCCGCAAGCUGUAAAAGUGGUUCGACUGCUACCACACGAAGAGAUCAUCGGGGUCUUGAAUCGAGGCUGCUAGGAGCAGUGAACAUUGGUGACAGAGAUGCUGUUGGCUGAAAAACAUCGAGCUAAGGGCAGAGUACCAAGCAACAUGACGAGCUUUGGACAGAGGGCAUGAUACCCAUGGGCAUGGCAGUGACUGAUGACAGACUUGAAGGACUGAAAUGAGCUUUUCGAAUUGAGAACCGAGCACAGCCAGUGAUCAAGGCAGGAAUGAAGAGCUCACACUUGUGCUGCAGCGGACUAGCAAGCGCUUCUGCUGUAUGUAGCAUGGCACCAUGCGAUUGCAGUGCCCCCCAAAAAUGAAGAGAAAGCAUCACCAAGAUGCCACAAUACAUUCGGACGUGUCUCAUUUCUUCCCAUUGCCAUUGCCAUUGCUAUUGGUACCUUGGUUGGGUUUCAUCUUCAUCUCUUCCUCGGCCACCAAGCCCCUGACUUCU